AUGUCACCAAUCAAUAUUUUAAUAAUAAUAUUUCAUACUAUUGCUUUAGUUUCUUUGGUGGCUGCAUGUUUGAUUCCAGGUGGUGUUGUUCAAGGUCAGUGUAUCUCCACACCGAAAUGUGUUGGAAUCGGUGAUAGUUGUGCGUCUGAACUCCACAGUACUUGUCCUUCUAAUGCGUUUUGUGAUAGUCUGACCUUUGUUUGCAAAGCCAAAGGUGCCGCUGGUGACAGCUGCACCACUGCCUCGUCCGGUGUCUGCAUCGAUGGCUACACCUGUGUCAACUCAAAGUGCACCGCAGUCAAGUACCUCGGAAUGGGCGAGACAUGUGCGUCGACAAUCCAAUGUUCUGGCACCAUGCUCUGCACCAACUCGGUUUGCACCAAUCCAUCGUUUCCAAAUUGUACUAGCUCAUUCGAUUGCCACUGGAAUGAAACUUGUAAGCCAGCUACCACCACGCCUGGCGGAGUAUCGUCCAACACCACCACAACUUGUUCUCCAAUCUCUCAGGAUGGUGAUUUCUGCUCUGCCAACGCCGAUUGUGAGAUCUACUCGAGUUGCUCGAAAUCCAAGUUGGGUGUGCUAUCCAAGUGUAUGUCGCCAUUCAGUGUCGACCAAGACGGUAGUUGCCAGCUGGAUACCUAUACAACAUGUGAUCUCACCAAGAAUCUCAGUUGUUCAUCCAACUCGUCGACUUGCGCUCCGAUGUCAGGCGACCAUUGUCUGCCAUUCAACGCCACCCAAAUGAAAUCGACAUUGACCUCGUUGCAAUCGUGUAGAAUCAACAAUCGUUGUCCACUUACCAACAAUGAAACACCAAAGUCGUGCAGUCCAAAGAAUUGUGGAACCGAUUUCAAAGCACUCCAAUCGCUACUCUAUCAAUGUCCACCUGCAGUCAUCCCAAGCACAGCCAACGUCACCUCUUCAACAACCAGCAGCACCACCACCACCACUGGAAAACCAACAACCACCUCAUCUACAACUGGAUCCGACUCCAACAGUGACAGUAAUAGCAACAGUAACUCAAAUGAUUCCAGUAGAUUAAUCAAUAGAAUGUUCAAAUUCUUAUACUUUGUUGUUUUCAUAUUAAUAAUUAGCUCAUAA